AGGACAGCUACUCAUUGGAUAAUCUGCUUUCUGCCUCCUGAGUGCCAGGCAGGAGGAGGCAGGUGGCUGGACCCUGGGUCAGGGGUAGGUGUGGCACUAGUCUCUUCCGUUGCUCUGCCCAGAUUGGCCCUCUUGCGAUCAGACUCAGCAGAAGGGCUCUGGCUCUUGACCCAGGCCAUCCACAGGAGCAUGGGCCUCCCCAGAGUCCUGCUCCCGCAGCUGCUGCUGCUGCUGUGGACGACACUGGUGAGGGCCCAGGGGACAGGGGCGGGGUGUCCCUCCUGUGGGAGCCCUAUGGUGGCAACUCAAGUGGAACGAGCUCUGGUCCUGGAGCUGGCCAAGCAGCAAAUCUUAGAGGGGCUGCACCUGACUAGUCGUCCUCAAAUAAUCCAGCGCCCACCCCGGGCAGCGCUGAGCAGAGCCCUCCGGAGACUGCAGCCGGCAAGUGUGAGUCCAGCGAGUGGGGAGGAAGUCGUCAGCUUUGCGACCGCUGUGCCCGUUACAGGUCCCUCUGCUGCCGCCUGCAGCUCCAUGCUCACCUUCCACCUGGCCACUCCUCGGGCCCACCACCUGUACCGCGCGCGCCUCUGGCUGCAUGUGGGCCCCGCGCUCCCUGGCCCCCUUUACUUGAGGAUCGUCCGGUGGAGCUCCGGGAGAAGGCGCCAAGGGUCCCGCACCCCCCUGGCCGAGCAUCACAUCGACACCCCGGGCUGGCACGCUCUGGCUCUGCCCUCUAGCGGCUUGAGGGGCAAGGCGUCCGGCGUCCUGAAGCUACAGCUGACCUGCAGACCCCUGCACCGCAAUAGCACCUCUCUGCCGCCACUGCAGAGGCUCCUGGGUACCGCGGGCGAUCAGCGGCCCUUCUUGGAACUGAAGAUCCGGGCCAAGGAGCCCAGGGAGGGGCGGGCCAAGAGGAGGACCCCCACCUGCGAGCCUGAGACUCCCUUAUGUUGUCGGCGAGAUCAUUACGUAGACUUCCAAGAACUGGGAUGGCGGGACUGGAUCCUGCAGCCUGAGGGCUACCAGCUGAAUUACUGCCAGGGGCAGUGCCCCCCACACCUGGCUGGCAGCCCGGGCAUUGCUGCCUCUUUCCAUUCGGCUGUCUUCAGCCUCCUCAAGGCCAAUACCCCUUGGCCCUUGGGUACGUCCUGUUGUGUCCCCACUGCCCGAAGGUCUCUGUCCCUCCUCUACCUGGACCGUAAUGGCAAUGUGGUCAAGACAGAUGUGCCAGAUAUGGUGGUAGAGGCCUGCGGCUGUAGCUAGCAGAAGGCCCUGAACCUGAGGGGUUGGGCAUGACGAGAUCAAGUCAGGGUUCCAAAGUCAGGGUUGACGGCAUCAGGUACCUGAGCGACACCCCACCCCAUAGGCAACCUGGUCCUGUGCCUGGGCUGAGCCCCGUGUGACCCAAACAGGCACUUCUUUGCCCAGACUCUCUCGGUCUGCAUCAGGCUGGCUGAUGUGUGGGGAGAUGGAUAAAGUGUGUCUUUCUCCCAGAGGCCUGCCCAGGAAGGAUGAUUUCUUAGUCUAAGUUCUAUGAGAAGAUAGCAGGGGUGAGGGAGGGAGGGAAGAAAAAAGCAGAGAAAAGGUAAGGAGGAGUCUCUCCCAAGAAGAGAAAGUCCACCUUUGAGGCAGGAGCAAGCUGACCGAGGGCCAGGCAGGCUUGGGGCCCGCGGAACAGGCUGGUCAAGGCUAGGGACUGUAGGAGUGA